CCCACGGCGAGCGCUUCGCACGUAGCAGCGGUCCAGACGGAUGUAGUAUAAUAACUGCGUAUGCGUACAAUCCAUCUGGAGAAUUUAUUUUACUUUAUUUAAGUGUAACAUCAUCAAAACGGCAACACAGAAUUGUACUCAGAACGCCGCAAACGAAAGAGCGGCGGGUCUUACGGAAGAUAAGCGCAGUUAUUAUCGUUCUGGAUCACCAUGUGCUGGAGCGAUGGAUUCUCCAAACUUCUACGAUUUUGACAGUGAAAAGUGGCAUAAGACGGAGAAAAACCCAUUUCUUCUCAGCGAGGACUCCGAACCGGAGUGCACAGAUCUUGGCUACACAGAAACGGCCCUGGAUUUUAACGGCUUACUGAACGGCUCCUCCUUCUUGAUCACACCUGAGGCUGAUCUGUUGGACAAUAUCUUCGGCCAGAGGGACGACUCGGCAUUCGACGUGGCUAUCGGCUGUAGCGAAUCAGCAUUGCCAACUGCUGACACCUACAUGCCCCCAGCCACCAGCAGCAGCAUCAGCACCAGCAGCAGCAGCAGCGCUCUAGCGACGUCGGAAGCCGAUGUGUGGUCGUACGUGAAGGUGAAGCCAGAGCCGCACGAGGGUUACUUGAGAUCGAGCUGCCCGCUGACGCUGCAGCCGAUCGAAGUCGAGCACAACUACACGUCGCCGUCCGCCAGCACUGCGACCCUACCGACCGCCGGCGCCACCACCGUCAGCGAGCAGGCGUUCGCGAGCUGCGUGACCGCUGCCGCCGUUCCCGCCGGCCACGGCAUACGAGUGACUACGACAUCGGUGAUCGGGGUUCCGUCGCCGCAGAGUCCGCGGCGAGCACGCGGUGGCGGCAAGGCGGCGCGGAAGAAGCUGGUUGACCGGGAGAGCGAGGACUAUCGGUGCCGGCGCGAGCGCAAUAACAUCGCAGUGCGCAAGUCGCGGCAGAAGGCGAAAGAGCGGCACGUCGAGACCGAGGACAAGGUGAAGGACCUGGCGAGUCACAACGAGGCGCUGCAGCUGAAGGUCGAGACGCUGACACAGGAGCUGAAUGCCAUGCGACGGCUGCUGUCGAAUGUCGCUGCGAGUAGACUCGAGAGCCGGUCGCUCAACAAGCUCGUGCUCAAGCCGGAGUGAGGCGGAGCUGAGCGUCGCCGCGACGACCUGCGUCCGUGUGAGCGACGCGUGUGAUGGAGAGCCGACACGUUUUUUGUCACCGUACGCUCACUAUCGUCUCAUAGUCGUCGUUCUCUGCAGCCUGCUGAACGCCGUUGUCUGGUUCGGUCGGGGUGCCACUGCUUAUGGAAACGUAAACGGCGAAGAUGUAGUCGAUGAUGGUGGCAGGCCCCAUGGCUUUGGUGUGAGUUGCGCUGGAAUCGUUGAAGAAGCCUCGUGCGUGAAGGGGUGCAAGCGUGUUCGUAAAUCGGGUUCAGAAAUUUGGCAGUUUGCUUGUCAUGAGUGUGCAGCUUUGCAGUCAGCCUACAGGAGGCAAACGUGGAAAGGCAGAGCCCGUGCUUUCAUGCAUAAAUUUACACAGUAUAUAUUUAACACCAGCUUGCUUGCAAUGAGUAGGACAAUGCGUAAUUGUAGUUUUGGCAUUUGUAGAUGCGAGUCUUGUUUGCAUGCUCUUUGUAUGGAAAGCGAACUGGAAGGGUUUAGGAAUCUAACCUACCGGUAUAUUCAGCUACUGUAUCAUAGAUACCUGAUUAGGCCUUGUAGAUGUGCAUGUUUCUUUCGUGUAGCACCAGAUAGCUCUGUCUUUAAGUAUUUGAUGCACUUCAAGUUCGUUAUUAAGUGGCUAUUGUUGUUAGUUUAGGAUAAAUUAUAUUACUAAGUACAAUGACGUUCCAGAUUCUUUCAAUCCGCCUUGUACGAGAUGGAAUCUUUGGGGUCACUUGAUACAUAUUCAAUACAUAUGUUAAUUAUGACCCUAUUGAUGCUUUGUCCUAUAUAAACAAUUUAAAUGGGAAAUAUUUCUACUUUUAUUUUUGCUAGCAAAAAGAAAUCACAAGUUACCAUGAGCAUGUGAAUGACUGGUGGCAAGGUGCAGUGCUAGGAAUGGCCCUGUGCCUGGCUAAGCAUGAAGCAGCUUCAUGUACAUGCAGGUUUAUAUAGAAUAUGCAUAUAUUCUGUACAUUAUACAUUGCAAUUUACACCGGUUAAACAAAAUGUGUGAUCACCUCCGUGACAAAUGCAAGAAAGACUAUGAGAAUACAUAAUGAACGCUAUUGUGUUUGCUAUGCAUUCUUGAUUAUAUAUAAUAUAAUAUAGUAUAAUAUGAUAUAAUAUCUUUCUUCCUCUGUAUUGUAUAUGUGUGUUGUAUUUAUAUGCAUAUAAUUAAAUAUGUAUAUGGGUCUGAUAUGGGUAUUGCAUAAUCAGUUGGAAAGAUCGUGGCAUGGACAUUUUAGGCAAUUAUGUGAGAUUGAUUCUCAGUUUCAUGGUAUUCUCUGCCCACUGGAUAAUAUAUUGAUAAUAUUUUAUUGAACUCAUUUGUGAGGAUAUUUUAUUAUAUUCAGGGCUUGUUCUGUCUAUUUAAAUAAUAAUUUAAAUCUGGUCUUAGCAAGUUGCUUGCAAGAUAGGUGUUUAUGUAUACUUGUGAUUAUUUACUAAGUUAAUUAUAUUGUAGUUUUCCGAACGUUUUAACCUUGCCCGUCUUCCUCGACCAUACCUGUUAGAAAGCUAUAGUGAUUGUUGUGUCCUGGAGUAUGUUGGCACGUUGUGUCUGUACGUGCUAAAUACCGUCUGUGGUGGUAUUGUGAACGUUGGUGCCAUGGUGCGUUGCUGCUAACUCAAGCCAGACCUGUAAAGUAGCAUUCGUUUCCAGAACCUUAUGUUAUGUUAUGCAGUUGAACUCAUAGAUAUUCUAAAUAUCCACCCAAGGCUUAUUUAUUAUAGGAUAUCUAUAUGGGUUUAACCUGUUUCUUGACAUGAGUUACAUGCUUAAUUAAGCCAAAUCAACAAUAGAAUUAAGCUUGGAUCAUUGUGAGACUCUACCCAAGCGUCCACUAUUUAUGGUUUGUUAUAUAGUUAGUGUAUACUUGUUGGCUACUCAAUAAUGGUAAAAAUCGCAGUCUUGGAAAAAAAAUAAAUGUUGCAUCGUGGAAAUUAA